CAGACCUUGAUGUGUAAAAAGUAUGAAGCCAGGAUUGGUGAAUCUACUGAACACAGUUCUGUUUUCACUGUAGCAAUAUAUGACUGAAAGAGUUUCACAGCGUGAUGCAUAGAACUCCUUCCCUGUAUGCAUGUUUUGACUUCCUCUUUCUGGACUUGAGGCGUGUGCAUUUGUGAGUGUUUGGUCGAGAGCUUCAAGUGGGGAACUUAAUAAAUCACAUUGGUUUCCUUUUUACAUAAAUCAUAUGGAAAUAUCAACCAUCAAAUGAGACUGAGUCUGACCUGAGCAUAAGAAAAAGGACUGGAAGGUGGUGGGAAGAAAAGUAGACCAUCAUAACCAUGCUAAAGCAAUUUAACCUCUUAAAGCAGUUUGGAAAUGUGGGGAAGGCACAAGAUGCAACUGACCUUCUCUCGGAGGAUCUGGUUUUGGUGGAGCAGCGUGUGGAACCAACCAGGAAAGCGGCUCAGAUCAUCCACAAGAAGCUGGUCGGAUGUUUGCAGAGUCAGCAGGGACUGGACUCAGAGAGACGAAUGAAAAAGCUCCCCCUUAUGUUGCUGUCUGUCAGUAUGGCUGAGAGCUUUAAAGAUUUUGAUGGUGAAUCCUCUAUUAGGAAGGUUCUAGAAAUGUGUUGCUUCAUGCAGAACAUUCUGGCACAAACAUUAGCAGACUUUGAGGUGAAGCUGGAAAAAGAUGUUCUGGAGCCUCUAAAUAAACUCAGUGAGGAAGACCUUCCAGAGAUUCUGAAGAACAAGAAGCAGUUUGCAAAACUGACAACAGAUUGGCACAAUGCUCGAACCAGAGCUCAAGGCAGUUCAGGUCCCCAGGCCAAGCAGGAUGGACUGAGGGAGGAAGUGGAGGAAGCUUGGAGAAAACUAGAGUCAAUUAAGGACCAGUAUUCAGCUGAUCUUUACCAUUUUUCCAGUAAAGAAGAUGAAUAUGCCAAUUAUUUCAUACAUCUCUUGGAGCUACAAGCUGAAUACCACAAACUCUCCUAUGAAUUUUUGGACAAAAAUAUCAUUGAGCUCAAGGAAAACCACAACCAAACAGAACCCCAGGUGGGUGUCUCAUUAAGGAAGGUGUAUGGUGAGUCUCUAAACUCCCACCUUAAGAGCUCUGGCCAAGAGAUUGCUGAACCCAUCCAGGAGUGUGUUAGACUGCUGCUGAGGACAGGACUCAGAGAAGAGGGCUUGUUCAGGUUGACAGCGGCUGCCUCUGUGGUAAAGAGACUGAAGAGCAGUCUGAACUCAGGGACAGUGGAUCAUGCUGAUUUCAGUGCUGACCCUCAUGCUGUAGCAGGUGCACUGAAAUCUUACUUGAGAGAGCUGCCAGAACCUCUCAUGACAUCUGAACUGUAUAAUGAAUGGUUCGAAGCAGCAGGAGAAAAAGAGCUAGACGACAAAUUGGAGCGGUUUCGAGCUGUACUGAAAAAACUCCCACCAGAAAACUACAACAAUCUUCGAUACCUUAUCCAGUUUCUAGCAUGUUUGUCAGAACACCAUGCGGUUAACAGGAUGACUCCUAGUAAUAUUGCCAUAGUGCUUGGACCUAACCUACUGUGGCCUCGUAUUGAGGGAGAGACUUCUCUGUUAGACAUGGCUUCUGCCUCUUCAGUCCAGGUCGUGACAGUGAUAGAACCACUCAUACAACACUCCAAGAGCCUGUUCCCUGAAGAUGUUGAUUUUGAGAUUCCAGAACUCCCAGCACUGUCUCCACCUUUACCUCAGAAGUCCCCAUUAGACACGGUCUCUCCUCCCUCUCCAACUGCCUCUGCCUCAAAAACUGACAGUCCAUCUUCAUCCGAAAACUACAGUGCAGCAAUAAAUAUUAGGACUGGUCCAAUGAAUCGUGGUGCAACAAUGUGGGAGAAUAGCAAUCCUGCUCCAGCCAGCCAGCUGCCUGCUCAGGCUUCUAGUUCAAAUGCGGCUCCUGGUGAGGAUCAGCCCAAGCCUUAUCCUCAACCACAACCUCGGUCUCUGCUUCAAGCAAAGUCUCAACCUCAGACUCAGAAUGCAACCCAGCUGAAGGCAAACAGCUUUCCAGAGGACGGCUUAGAGCAGACUCACCAUGCUCCCGAGGCCACACUGAAGAUCAGCACUCCUUUUAAACCAAGAAGGUCGUUUGUUCAGAGCAGGUCAUUUAAUAAAGACUCUGUUGUAAGCUAUGGCAAACCCAAAACCCCAGUUGUUCCCAUAAGCGAGGUCGGAGUUCUGCCAAGAAGUUUUCCACUGGCCAUGCCUGCAAUCUCUGAGGCACAGACGCAGCCUGCAGCCAAAUCCCAAGCUCCUCCAGCUCCUUCAGCGCCUCCUGUUCCUUCUGCUCCUCCACCUGAAGGAGGUCCUCAGAGAAAGGCUGUGGGCAAAAGACCCAAUGUGCCCCCUCCACUUCCACCCCAGUCCCUGCCCAAGCAGCUCUCAUCCUCAGCCCAGUGAGCCCAACUUGC